AUGCAUCCCAUUCGCUUGGAUGAGAGCCGUGUAUUAAAACGGAAGUUUGACGAUUCUGGAGAGAGGCAAGCAAUGGAGUUGAUUGCUAAGACAACAACCAUUCCUGUUCCAAAGGUUUUUGAGGCGCGGUACGUCGAUAGGGAAGAGGGUAAGAAUUUUUAUAUUGUGAUGGAAUAUAUACCCGGCAAGCCUCUAAAUGUCGCUUGGAAUGACCUAAGUGAGAGUCAGAGAAAAGCUACCUGUCUCGAAAUCGAUGGAUAUCUCGCUCAACUUCGAAAGCUGACGGGCGAUCGAAUUAUGGCAGCAGAUGGUGGUGCACUAGACGUAGGUCUCUAUCAAAGGCGUUAUCUAGGACCUUAUGAUACUGAACAGGAGUUUCAUCAUGCUUUGGGCAAGGGUGAGCCUCAUGACUUGGGCAACAACCAUACCAUUCAUUUUGCCCAUGCAGACCUAGCACCCAGAAAUAUCAUAGUCGAUGAUACAGGCCACAUCAACGCCAUCGUUGACUGGGAACGUGCAGGGUGGUAUCCCGAAUACUGGGACCUUGUCCGGAUGUAUACCGACCCCCCUCUUAAGCGCGAGAUGAAUGGCUAUACCAAACUUUGGAAAACCCUCUUCACUCGCACGUACGAAGAUGAAUGCAACGCAAUGGUGGAUCUGGUUCAACGGACAAUACCUCCAUAUCCGGAUGGAGUUAGGAGUGAACGGCGUCCUGGUGUUUUAGCCUCGUAUUCCUCUCAUGCGGAGGAGUUGCGCAAGACUCUUGAGGCAAAAUUUGGAUAA